CUUUGACUGUAACACGCUCCCUUCUAGGUUGUGGUUAGGGUGUAGUUGGAUGUCUCGUCAUUACGAGUUUGAAUAUCUAGCUGCGAUUUACUAGGUUUGGGACAUUGGAAUUGAUGUUCGCUGGUGAUGGGUUGUUGUGGUGGUGAAGAGGACUCUACAAGACAAUGGAAGCCACUCGAGCAACGCAGCUGCACAGAUGUCCUGUGGCUGCUAAUACUUAUUCUAUUCUGCAUUGGCAUGGUUGUUAUUUGUGGCUUUGCAAUAGCUUCUGGAGCAGCCCAGAGGUUGAUAUUUGGAUAUGAUAGUUUUGGAAACAUUUGCGGCCAAAAGAACGCCAAAGUGGAAGGACAAGAAUGGAGUGGUCUUGACCACACAAAUAAUAAGUAUGUUUUUUUCUUGGAUCCCUGUAACUUGGAUAUUAUACAUUUCAAAAUCAAGUCCAUGGCUCUGUGUGUGUCUAAAUGUCCAGAUGUGGACCUACGCACACUCGAAGAUGUUAAAAGAUUUGCAGUUGAAAAUGGGUCUAGGCUAUGCGCAUAUGAGUUGGAACCAUCAAAAUACACAUCAGGAAGAUCAAUUUUGUGUCCUAAACUUCCUGUUAAAUCAAGUAAACCUAUACCAUUCUUCCAUCGUUGUGCCCCAGAUGUAGAUGUCUGCUCUGUCAACUUUAUUAAGGCCCUGACCACCUUCGUCAGUGACAAUAGUGUCUUGCAGAGAGUGGUUACUGGAGUAAUGACCAGCAAAGAAAUUAUAGUGGGACUUUGCUUUUUAUCUCUAGUUUUGUCGAUGUUGUUAAUGGUUAUAAUUCGAUACAUCUCCCGAGUACUUGUUUGGAUCCUUGCAAUUCUCACUGUCCUGGGUUCAAUUGGUGGAACCGCUGUCCUUUGGUGGUUGUACGCUGAUCAAAAGAAGGCAGCCAGAGAAAAAUCACUUGAAGAUGAGAAGGUGGCAGAAGACAAUAGCAAGGCUCUUCUGGUGUAUGCCAUUAUUGCAACAGUAGUUACAGUCAUUUUAUUGUUACUAAUGCUAAUAAUGAGGAAACGAGUGGCUCUUACAAUUGCCUUAUUCCACGUGGCAGGGAAAGUGUUCGUUCACAUUCCACUUCUAGUUUUUCAGCCGCUCUGGACUUUCCUGGCAUUGGCAUUAUUCUGGGUCUAUUGGGUCACAGUCCUACUUUUAUUGGGCACUGCAGGAUCUCCUGAGAAAAACGCUCAAGGCUAUAUAGAAUUUAAAGUGUCUGGUCCUUUACAGUAUACAUGGAUUUAUCAUCUGGUUGGUCUAAUCUGGAUCAGUGAGUUCAUACUGGCCUGUCAACAGAUGACCGUGGCUGGAGCCGUCGUGACCUAUUAUUUUACACGGGACAAGAGUAACUUGCCAGCAACUCCAAUUCUUUCAUCUAUAUGUCGACUGAUUAAAUACCAUCUAGGAACAGUAGCCAAAGGCUCCUUCAUCAUCACUUUAGUAAAGAUUCCACGACUGAUCCUCAUGUAUAUACAUAAUCAACUCAAAGGCAAGGAAAAUGCUGUUGCAAAAUGCAUGCUGAAAGCUUGCAUGUGCUGCCUCUGGUGUUUGGAAAAGUGCCUGCUGUAUCUGAAUAGGAAUGCAUACGUAGCGACAGCCAUAAACAGCACCAGCUUCUGCACGUCUGCCAGGGAUGCCUUGCUGAUCUUGGUGGAGAAUGCUUUGAAAGUGGCUGCUAUAAACACAGUUGGUGAUUUUGUGCUGUUUCUAGGAAAGGUGCUUAUAGUGUUAAUCACAGGUUUUAUUGGGAUUGUGCUGCUCAAUCACCAGCGAGAUUACACUGUGUGGGUGCUACCACUCAUCAUUAUUUGCCUAUUUGCCUUCUUUGUGUCACACUGCUUCUUGUCCACGUAUGAGAUGGUGGUGGAUGUUCUUUUCCUCUGCUUUGCUGUUGACUCCAAACAAAAUGAUGGGACCCCUGGACGCGAGUAUUACAUGGAUAAAAGCUUAAUGGAAUUCAUGGAUGACAGCAGGAAAGCAAUGCGUUCAGGUGGUCGUGGGGCAGAGAUGAAAUCAAUGACCUCUGGAAAUGACAACGCUUGAUUAUGGCAAUUCGCUGGAACACAGCGGGUAAAACAACACAGGGCUUUACGAAUUGCAUUUUUGUGUGAAUCCCUAAUAGCCUCUAAGGGUUAGGUCACAAAUAUGCUUUUUUAAAAAAAAAAAUUAAAAACUUGCUUGUAAGUUUUUUUUUAUUUCUAACAGAAAUAUUACCAAUUUGAAGAAAUAUGGAACCUGUUGAAAGCAGGUUUGGUUUCAGUUGCCUAGCCUAAAAAUAAUCCUGUAACUAGAUAAUGCUGUACUAUCUAAUCUCUUAUGGAUGUAUCUUUUGCAACACUAUAGACACUAUAUAUUCUGCUUUGUAGGUAUGGUAAACAUGUGCUUGUAUUCUUUAUAUGCAUUUCUUCAAGAAUAUUUUUUAAAACAGCAGCACGGCAGUACUGAUUAUUAUGAAUGCAUAAUAAUACUGUAAAUAAUGUCUCUUAUUGCUGUGCAGCACUCCUGUCCUGUUGCUACAUUCCUAAUGGAAUCACUGUACUAAAAGCUCAGGAUAAAAAUGCCGUCCUUUUCAGGUAUUUGUCUUGUCAGGCAAGCUAACAGAACUGUAGGACAAUUUAAAGUGGGCAGGUGACUUAAUGCAAAACAAGAGUCAAAGUGACAGGUGGAUAAACUUUGUUUGAAUGGGGUGAAAGAUGGCAAUCAUUUUCCAAUGUGCAACUUAUAAAAACCAUCUCUUGGUUCCCUAAUCAGGGUUCUUCCAGCAUGUAUUGUCAACUAGCAAGUUCUGGAAGUUCCUUAUUUAGCCUCAGUUACAUGAGCUGACCAGAGUCAUGGUAGUGGAUGGGCAUCAGGUUUACUCUUGUUGCCUCUGAAUUGGAGAAGUGAAAGUUGCCCAGCCUUUUGACACUUGGUUGCUGUCAAGAUUCCCAUUAGAAGUGCGUUAUAGGGAUGUUGACUAAGUUUAGGGAUGAUAUGAUGCUUCUUAUCCCAGUACAGGUGCUGAUGCUCAUAAGUUACUAAAUGAACAACGUAUUUUAGCUGGGUGUAGUGCAGAGGGAGUUGUCUGCCUGAGGAACAUUGGGGAAGAAGAAAAUUGGUAGAGAAAAGCGAAGAGAAAUUUUAAUUAUAAGGUCUGGGACCAUCAUCGUUGGAGGAAUCCCUUUUUGCUAUUUUUAAGUAGACUUUAUACAUCAUGGCAUAGGCCAAGGUCACCUGCGGCUAUUGGGUUUGGGGCAAUUUAUUUGGCCAAGUUGCUUGUGGAUGAUGACCAUGUUUACCAACGUAGAUGAACUGGCCGACCAGUAAGUGGAUAUUGCCAUUAGAUGCCAUUUACUAUCUCACAUUCUAUGAAGUGUUUUGCUAUUUUAUUUAGAUAGUCAUUCAGUAAAAUAUUCUGAAAUCUUUGAUAAACCCUACUCUCACUAAUUUUAACUGUGCAGGACUUCCAGGUCUUUGUGUUUCUCUUGCAUUUUCAGGGUUACUUUUUCUGCAACCUGUGGCAGUGGAGCUAACCAGGAGUUCCAUUUUACCAUUGGUUAAAUCUGAGCAAUGAGUUUGGACAGAGGCAGUUCUCCCUCUUCCCCGAGCUUUGAGUAAAGGAAGUGGCCUCUUUGCUACACAAUUGGCAGGAGGUGGAUACCUUUGACUGCUUUCUUGAUGGCUUUGUCAGCAUGCUUUGUGACACUCCCACUGAUUUUGGGUAAUGGGGAUUCUGUGGGACCAUAUGGAUCUUCAGAUUUUAUGUCCUCUGUGUUGGCUUUAAUUCCAGCCAUUUCAUAAUUGUUGAUCCAUUCCUCAGUUUUUCUCUCCAUCUUGCUCUCCUAAGUGUCAGAUGUUACUUGUGCCAGCGUUGCCAGUUUUACUUAAGGAUUAGAGAGCUAUAGUCAAAUGAUAUGGUAAAGCUGCUACUAUAGAUGAAUUAGGAACUAAGUGAAUUUAAGGGCAUAAUAGUUGAUCUUGCUAGUUCCUCAUAAUUUUAGUUAAUGUUUCAAAUCUGCAAAUUGGCUCCUGGUAAAUGAAAUAAAAUAUAAAGUAAAUUGUAAGGGUCCACAUACAAACAUGGGCAUUAGAAAACCAAUAAUUAUUACUUUCUGGUGUAACAAGGCUUUGAUUAGUUGUUGAUUUCACUCUUAAUAAGCCAAGAAUGGAAAAUCAGGUCCCUUUUAAAAGGUAGACAUUCGUGUCUUGCUGUAAAUGUUCUGCUGCUUUCCAUAAUCAUGUUCCUUUUAGUCACAUUGUUGAAUGUGGGAGUCAUUCAGUGAUUGGCAAAGUUAUUGAAAUCUUUCAGAAAUAAAAUACAAAACAUGCAAACCCAAGACUUAGAAACAGGAGUAGACCGUUUCGCCCUUUGAGCCUGCUUUGCAUUCAAAAAAAUCAUGGUGGAUCUCAUCAUGAUCUCACCUUCACCCUUCUGCCUGCCUUCCUUAAUCCUCAACUCUUACGUCAAUCACAAAUCCAUCUAACUUUGCGUUAAAUAAAUUUAGUGAAAAAUAAUCUACUUUCUCGAGAACAGAAGUCUGCAGACUAACAAACCUAAGAGAAAAAUUAAAUUCUCCUCAUCUGAGUCUUAAAAGAGAGAUCUCUUGUUAGUUAUCUGUGGCCCCUGGUUCAAAUCUCUGCCACGAGAGAAACAUCUUCAUGUUAACCUCCUUGAGAAGUCCCUCAGGACCUUAUAUAUUUCAGUAAGAUCACCUUUCAUUCUUCUAAACUCCGGUCAAUAUAUAUUAAACAUAUUCAAGCUUUCAUUAUAAGAUAAUCUCUUCAUCCCGAGAAUGAGAGAAGUGAACCAUUUUUAGCUUCUUUUAGUAUAAUUCUUCUUUUUCAAAAAAGACCAAAACUGUACACAGUACACCAGAUAUGGUUUUCUUAAGAGCCUCUAUAAUAAAAGACACUGUAAAAUUUGAAUUAUCUGUUUGUGAAGUCAGGUGUGUACAGUCUUUCUUAGGCCAUAGCCCCAUGACGCAAUCAGAAUUUCUUCAACUUUGUAACUUUCAGAUUUUAAAGGGCCAAAACUGAGUUUCAUUACAAGUUUCCAGUUGAAGCUUUUUCUUAAAAUAAAAGUUGCACACAUGGAGAAUUCCCAGUUUACAUUGGUGAUUUACCAAUUCAAAUAACUACACCAGUGGAAAGGCUAAGUUUUGGAUGAGGACUAACCUGCAGCUACAGCCAAUGAAGCAUUUUAUACUCUUCUUAGUUACCCAGUCCACUUUUGCUAUCUUUUCCCAUUUUAAAUGCAGUAACUUGCCAUGUAACAGUUGAAGUCUUCGAUGUGUAAAACCAUCUAGAACAUGCUAUUGAACCAAAUAGUUGGAAAUUGCUCAGGGUGAAAGAUCUGUUCAAUGUCCCAGUGGUAAAUUCUAUAAACAGAAUUCAUGUGUGUUGUGUACAAGUUGUUUCUCCCAUUGGCUGGAAAGCUGUCUUGUAUAAUGAAGCAUUUACUUGCCCUCCACUUACUUUACUUGGAGCUUUAACACCAUGCAGUACAAUUUAUGUAUCACUUUAUAAUAUUUGUAUAUUAAAUUUUUUUUAAUAAAAAGCAGUUUGUAU